AUGUCUGUUCACCUGUUUGUGGCCCAUUUCUUGAAAAAGGAGGGAUACGUGGAGACCCUUAAGGCUUUUGAAAACGAGCAUGGCAGGACUAUUUCAACAGACUUGCCUCAAGGUGAGGAUCUUGGAGAGAUCAUCGCUGAUCGGCUCAAGUACUUGACCAUCGACGAGAAGCCACAAAGUCUGCACGAGGUCUUGCUUGACGAAAGCUUGAAACUGCUUAAGAGAGACCAAUUCAAGGAGUGGUCUGCCCCAUACCCAAGGAACGCUGUCGAGUUGUCGUCGAUUGACGAGUUGGUUGUGGCAUGUGCUUUAUUUGAGAGAGGAGGCGAUGAGUACGCCAUCUUCGCUACUGCCAAGCUGGAGCUAGUUGUGGUCGACUUGAAGAGUCGCAAAAGGGUAUUCCGUGGUUCUCGAAUCAUUGGACUGGUGGUCAUCCGCAAAAUACAAGUUGUGGGUCCCUUAUUGCUUUUAUGUGGAAUGAAUGGGAAACUAUAUAUUUGCACGUUCGGUGACGGUCUCCUGGAGCUCCAGAUUAUUAGAGAGAAGCAGCUUCAUGAUAGAUUGGUCUCAGACUUGAAGGUGGUGCGUUGGAAAGAGAAGAAUUACUUGGUGUCGUUGGGAUGGGACUUCUUGGUGAAGGUGCACGAAAUCACAGAUAACUCAAUCCAGGAGGUGUUUCUGCCUUACAAGCUCUCUACCAGGGGAAUUUGCAUGGACGCGUGUGUUUAUAACGAUCAAUUGGUCAUCUUGGUGGGCAAAUCAGAAAUAACCCUUAUGGACGUGCUCACAGUCAAGAACAACGCUGUGACCUUGUCGUACAGAAUAGCACUCAAUGACGCUGAGUUCACAGCAGCAGGCUUCUCCCCGCAUGCUAUACAGAUUUACAGUGGAGGUAAGGUACCCUUGGUCGCUGUGGGCACCUCCCAUGAACCCUUUAUGCGUUUGGUGGUCGUUUCGCUCAAAGGCUUCGGUGAUGAAGGUGAAAGUAUCCGAAGAAACCAGAUUGUUACGAAUAUCAAUUCUUUGUCUCCACAGGAUAAGUACAGUCUGGCACUACUCAGCUGGAGACCCGAUGGCAGUGGAGUGUGGGUAUAUGGAGAAGAUGGCGUCAUCCGAGGUAUAGAUUUGCUCAAAGAAGAUGUGGUUGUGACCUUGAAUAAAAGUCAAGACCGAAUUAAGAGUUUUGCGGUCUCUGGAGACCUGUUGCUUGUCUGUGGCACAGAUAAGAGGGUGUUCUUGUGGACCAGGUGA